UCAGUCUCUCACGGAUCUAUCUCUGCCUGCGACGACUUCUGGGGCGAGACUGAGCGAUUUCUACAGCGGAGGAAGAUGACGGUCUACACGUCUCCAUUCGGAGAUUUCGAUGAAGAGUUGACGUCCAACAACCACGGCCUUCUCCUCAGGAGCGCUUGGGCUAAGAAUGGAAGGACGACGUUCACUGACGCCGUGUCCGGACUCAGCUACACGGGAUCAGAUCUCGCAAAACUUUCCAAGAUCUUGGUGAAUUCUCUUCACGCGGUCGGUUUGAGGGCCGGCGAUAUUGUCUCGAUUUGCUGCCUGAACACCGUGCGCACGCCAUUAUUGCUCUCAGCGAUUUGGUCACUCAAUGCUGUGGGGAGCGGCCUGGAUUUCGGUUUCUCCGCAGACGAAUACCAGGACCUGACGUCCGUGUACGAGCCAAGGGCUUUCGUCUGUGUUAAGCAGAACCUCUCCGUGGCUCUCCAAGUUCGGGAAGCCUCGAGUUCCAUCAAGUGGAUAAUCGUACUCGACGACGACAGCGAGAAUCGUACAUCAUCCACCGAGUCCCUGGUCUUCUCCUUCGGAUAUCUCUGCGUCUUAGACGCUAAAGAUGCUCCUGAAAUCGAAGUGCAGCCGGACAUCUUGGCGUACAUGCCUAGAACAAGCGGAACUACAGGACGCUCUAAAGCAGCAAUGCACACGCACCGUACUCUCAACGCAGGCGUCCUCAUGCAGUCCGCUCCGGAUGUCAUGCCCUUCGACAGCGAUAUCGUCGUACUAUCAACUUCAGCAUUGCACCAUGUCUAUUGCCUUUUCGAUGUUUUCGCGAGCUGUUCGUAUCGUGGCUUCCAUUUCGUUCAUUCUCAGAGCAAUGACGCCGAGAUUAUAAUGCACACGAUAGAGCGAUACAAGGUGUCGGCAUUCUUCACAACGCCCUACAUCGUCCUUUCAAUGCUGAACUUGUUCAAGACUGGCAGCGAAAUCUGUGGGAAGGUUUCCUUGCGUUCGCUAAAAGUAUUGGUGACGGCUUCGAAUGUCUUUCCCGAAGAUUCUCUCGCUUAUCUCCGUCAGUGUCUUCCGGACCUUGAAUGCUUCGGAAAUCUGUACGGUCAGACCGAGAUUACCGCAGCGUUUAGUCAUCCGUUCAGAGGAUUUCACAAAUGUUCAGCGAUUGGACAAGUUCUCUCUCGCGGAAAAUUCCGGAUUGUUGAUCCGAACACUCUGGAGGAUCUGCCUGUAGGAUCGAGGGGAGAACUCCUUGUGAAGCUACCGGAUCAGAUGAUCGGAUAUUACAAAGAUCCCGACGCAUUCGAGAAAUCUAUGGUGCAGGACAAGUGGUAUCGGACUGGAGAUAUCUGCAUCGUCGACGAUGAGGGAUUCGUGUUUCUCGUCGAUCGGCUCAAGGAAUUCAUUAAGACAAAAUUCACCACCAUAUCGCCAGGGGAGGUUGAAGCUAAAAUUCUUCAACACCCACUCGUGAAAGACGUCGCGGUCUUGGGCCUCCCGCACCCUAUCCUCCAGAAUGCUCUGCAUGCCAUUAUCGUACCGAAUUCCUCCGGACUCGAUGCUGAUGCUAUUCAUCAAUUCUUGGCGGAGAAGGCGCCCGACAUCUACAAACUGGAGGGAGGAAUAACGUUCUGCGAGGCCAUCCCGCGUUCCGAUAUCGGAAAACUUGUUCGCCGGAAUCUGCUCCGUUGGGUUCUUGACAGAGUGACCGAUUCGACUCCGUCUUGAAUUGAAGCCGAGGCAUCGCCGCGGGCAAAUCCAGAUCCUCAUCCAAGGGCGUUCGAUUAGAAUGAGAUUUUGCCCAUUACUCUCCUUCUCGAGGUCGAUCACGAUUCAUAUCGUGCGGCAUCGCAUCGGUCCUGUGCAGAGCCGUAUCCAAGAAAAAUUUAUUCCGUUAUGCUCGACUACAGGGUGCCUCAUCAUUUUGGACCCCCGGCCCCCCGAAAACUCAGUCUGCGCCCCUCCGAAAAAAAAACCCUGCAAACGCUUCUGGUCC